ACAAUGAUCCCAACUACUGUCUUAUCGAACAAUGUUGAAAUGCCAUUAAUCGGCCUUGGAACAACUCAUUCUGGAGGCUAUUAUCAUGACGCUGUUCUCCAUUCAAUCAAAAAAUGUGGCUACCGUCUUAUUGAUACGGCUAAACGAUAUGGAGUUGAAAAACAAUUAGGAAUAGCUGUCAAAAACUGUUCAGUUCCCAGAGAAGAGAUGUUUUUGAGCACAAAACUGUGGCCAGUUGACUGUGGAGAUGAAGUGUACAAUGCAUUUCAGACAUCAUGUGAAAAAUUACAAACGGAUUAUUUGGAUAUGUAUAUGAUACACAUGCCACAACUUCCUGAUUGGAUUGUGAAUCAGAAAGAGACAAAAGAAAAGACAUGGAGACAAAUGGAGCUCCUUUAUGAAGAUGAACAUGUCCGUUCAAUUGGUGUUAGUAAUUAUUCAAUCGAAGAUCUAGACGAGUUAUUAGAGUUUGCAAGUAUCCUUCCACAUGCUAAUCAAGUAGAACUUCAUCCAUGGUUCCACCAGGCCGACCUCAAAAAUUAUUGCGAUGAACUGGGGAUUCUCACGAUGGGUUACUGUCCACUUGCCAAGGGAAAGUAUUUGGAAGAUGAAACGCUCUGUAAAAUUGCUUCAAAAUAUCAAAAAUCUCCGGCACAAAUCUGUCUUCGUUGGAGUAUUCAACAAAACGUUCCAACUGUUCCAAAAAGUACAGACUGUCGCAGAUUGAAAGAGAACACGAAUGUUUUUGAUUUUGAGCUGUCUGCAGAAGAUAUGAACACUUUGAACUCAUUCUCAUCUCAAAAUCGAAAGAUUGUCGAUCUAUCAAACAUUUGCCAAAAAAUGUCUCUUCCUGACGGCUACAAGUUAAAUGGACGAGUCUUCGGAGUUCCAGAAGAGGAUGAGACUAUUCCGAAAAGUUGCUCAAAAUGUGCUCAAAAACAAAAUGUACCACUUCCAGUGUGUAUAUAAUAAUAAUAAUCAUUUUCAUUCCGUCAUUCACUUUUUAUAAUUUUUGUUGUGCUAUCCUACAGGUAUCCAUUUUUUACGUUCUUUCAAUAAAUUGUUUCAUAAAC